AUGCAGAACACAUCUGCCGGAUAUAAAAGUUGCAUUUAUGAUUUGGCAUAUUGCGGCAGUUCAGAAGUAAGAGACCUUCCGGCGAGAAUUAGUUUACAGGAAAGAUUAGCCAUAAUCAGGAGUCGGAAAGCACACGGGUGGAAAAUCUUAAUGCAAAUAUACAUGAGACAACAAUUUGCAUUAGCCAGGCCUCGUCACUCUGCACUUAGAGUAUUAGUUUAUGUGCUGUGUAAGCUAAGAUGGAAUUAUCAUGAUAGUAAUAUAAUAGAUAUUGAUAGCACCUCUAUCAAUCUCAUCAUGACAAGUUGCGUAAUGACAGUAGCUGUUCAUGCAUGA